UGCCCCGCCGUGUAACUUUGAAGCUCGCGAUCUUUAUCGCGAAUGUCACGAAAUAAUAUUUUGGAGUGCAGGUGACCGGGAUAUUCGAUUUGAUUCGAAACUACCGUUAUCUUAGCAUUUGCCCGAUGCUAGAUUGAGUUUCGUCUCAAUUCUUAGUCUACUCUAUGUUGAAACUCCUUGUUCACUUUGAGCUUGAUCGGGUGUGGAGUCGAGUUAGUUAGAGCUAGUAGUCAUGACGUAGACAUAGCGAGACUUGGCUCAGCAGGUGCUCAGCAUGUCGGGGCAAAGUCUCCUGAUGUUGUAGAUUGAAGCGAAUUCUAAUUUUUCCUCUCAUUGUAAUGUAAAAGUAAAGUUUAUUUUAUUUGUAAUUCUGAUUUUAUUGCUGUUUGGUUGCUGACAGCCUUAAGAAUAGUGAGAAGUAUCAUUGAGCGUAGGCCAUCGAUCGCUUCUGGAUAUUCCCGAAGUAUAUUCGCAUUCGAGAUCGGGAAAUAAUUCGAAGUUACAAUAUGAAGCUGUGGGGAGGAUCUAAAAGACAGGACGACAGUCCAAGGGAUUCGUUGGAUCAGGAACAAGAAGAGGCGGCGAACGAACAUACUCGCUUGCUGCCGAAUCGGGUCGAGAGCGCCGAUUAUACACAAUAUUUGAGCCCAGAUGAUCCAGCUGUCUCGCCGUACAAUCUAUGGAGCGUGCGAAUUGUUAGAUACCUUACCAUAUUCUUCACAAUACUCACCUUUGCAUGGUGGACAAUUCUCCUAGUUUCGACUUUUGUUACACCACCUGGUUUUCAUACGCGAGGUUCUGGUUUCUUCCCCUUUAGCUACACAAGUUUAGCGCUUGCGAACCUGCUUUUUACUCUCAUAUUUUUCGCCAUUCCGUCAAAACCCGUCCGGAUAUUGAGUAUAAUUAUGGGUAUAGUAUUGCUGGUGGACGCUGUCUUGUUGAUUUCUGUUGAGAAGACAAGGCAUGAAGAGGGUUGGGUUGGGAUGGUCAGUGUCUUAUGGGCGUUUCUUAUAGCUCUUUGGACCUUGAUUACCGAUCGCUUAGUGGAAUGGGGGAAGACCGAAGAAGAAGAAAGGCUGACGGGUCGAGCUGAGACUCGCCGCACUUUAACAGAGUGGAUUGCCGUUCUAGCAUCCACCAUAUCUAUGGUAAUACUUACUCUUGUCGUUUUUCUGACAGCUUUAACUCUCGUCCUUCGUGCCCUCGAUGCUGGCUUGGCACCACCAGGUCAGCUAUUCUUGGUGGAUGGUGGUAAAUAUAUGGUACAUGUUUACUGUCAUGGAAACCAGACGGACUCUAAGGGUACAAAGCUCCCUACAGUAUUGCUAGAGGGUGGAGAAAGCGCGGUUGAAGACGGCCUAUGGCAGUUUGCCGACGCUGCAAUCAAUAAUAAGUCGAUCAGUCGGUAUUGUUUUGUUGAUCGUCCCGGACUUGCUUGGAGCGAUACCGCACCAUCACCUCUAUCAGCCGGGAUGGCGGUCGAGGCAGUCAGCGAAGCAUUGGCUAGAGCUGGAGAGGAUGGGCCAUGGGUCCUUGCGAGCGCUGGUAUUGGUUCGAUCUACUCACGAAUCUUUUCCGCCCGCCACAGUGGGGAAAUAAAAGCUCUCCUUUUUAUCGAUCCGCUCCAUGAAGACGAUCUGGGCGACGUGGGUUCGCCAGGACGAGGUUUUGUGCUCUGGAUCCGGGGCAUCAUCUCACCCCUUGGCCUUGACCGCAUCCCAGGUGCUCUUUUUAAGGGUCGAACUAAGGAAGACCGUGUUUGGGGUCAAUCUGCAUACCAGACUGGGAAAUAUCUCUUCACAAAAUUACAAGAGAACCUCGUAGCCGACACAUUGACUAAACGUGAUCUAGCGAGUAGCACGGCUAUCCAGAAUCCUGAUAUUCCCUUGACUUUGAUUAGCUCGGGGAAAAGGAUCCGGAGUGAUAGUGGCUGGGAAGACAAGCAGAGGGAUCUCACGCAUGUCACGCAUAAUUUGGUCCACUGGGAUAUCGUCGAUAAGGCGCCACAUCGGAUCUGGGAUACCCAGAAAGGACGGGAAGUUAUCGAAACCCGCCUCCGGGAGUUGGUGCAUGCAUAACCUGACAUAGUAGUUUACUGUCAUUGUUUUGGUGUAUUCUCAUUUUGCAUUUCUAACGAGCGUGGCAUAUGAUCCCUGGGCAUUUUCAUAUAUUUGGAUAUCGGAUUGUUGUUGUUUUUGAGUAUAGUUUUUGCUUGUAACGAUUGAAGUGUAGAUAUGCUUAAAUAUAAAUAAUCGGAUACCGUACAAAACGAUGUGACAUGUUCCGGUUUAUU